AUGGCUACUAAAAGCAUUCUUGUGUUACCAGGUGAUUAUGCCGGUGUUGAAAUUAUUGAUGAAGCCAUCAAGGUCCUUCAUGCCAUCGAAGAAGUUGUUCCAUCAGUUAAAUUCAACUUGAACAAAAGAUUGAUCGGUGGUGCUUCGAUUGAUGCCGAAGGUGUGGCCAUUUCUGAUGAAACGAUUGAAAUUGCUAAGAAGUCUGAUGCAGUUUUACUUGGGGCAGUGGGAGGACCUGCUGGUAAAUGGGCUGGCGGUCCAAACAAUGUGAGACCAGAGCAAGGGUUAUUGCAAAUUAGAAAAGCCUUGAACUUAUAUGCCAACUUGAGACCAUGUAACUUUGUCUCUGACGAAUUGCUCAAAUUAUCCCCAUUGAGACCAGAAAUUGUUAAAGGUACCGAUUUUAUCGUGGUCAGAGAAUUGGUGGGUGGUAUUUACUUUGGUGAAAGACAAGAAGCUGACGAAUCAGGUAAAGCUUGGGAUACCGAAGCUUAUUCUGUUCCUGAAAUCCAAAGAAUCACAAGAAUGGCUGCAUUCUUGGCUUUGCAACACAAUCCUCCAUUGCCAAUUACUUCCUUAGAUAAGGCAAAUGUUUUGGCCACCUCCAGAUUGUGGAGAAAAGUCGUUACAGAAACCAUCGAGCAAGAGUUCCCAAAUUUGAAGGUCGAACAUCAGUUGAUUGAUUCCGCUGCCAUGAUUUUGGUGAAGAGCCCAACCAAAUUGAACGGUAUCGUAAUAACCAAUAACAUGUUCGGAGAUAUCAUUUCUGACGAAGCUUCCGUCAUUCCUGGUUCUUUAGGAUUGCUUCCAUCUGCGUCAUUGGCCUCAUUGCCAGAUACUAACACUGCAUUUGGUUUGUAUGAGCCAUGUCAUGGUAGUGCUCCUGAUUUGCCAAAGGGUAAAGUCAAUCCAAUUGCUACCAUCUUGUCUGCCGCUAUGAUGUUGAGAUUAUCUUUGGACAUGUCAAAAGAAGCCGAUGCCGUCGAACUUGCUGUCAAGCAAGUAAUCGACAGUGGCAUUUCUACCGGUGAUUUGGGUGGUGAGAACUCUACCAGUGAAGUGGGUGAUGCGAUCGCUGCAAACAUCAAGAAAAUUCUUGCUUAA